AUGAAAGGUCAAAAGACGUACACGAUUGUUAUUAAACUCGGUGGGUGUUCCUUAAGAAUAAAGAGCCUAGAAGCCAUUCUUUUUAUCGCUCUUCUCGAUAAGAAACUGAUUGUCUGGAUUAAACUAAAAGGGACGAGUUCAAUCGUUGACGAAGUUACGCAUGAACCUAUCUUGUCCAUUCUAACUCUCAUUGUCGAGACCACAGCUAAACUUCUAAGAGAUGGACAUCGAGUCAUCAUCGUCUCUUCGGGUGCUAUCGGAGUUGGCUUGCGAAGGAUGGAUGUUGACAUUCGACCAGCACAUCUUCCUCGAAUACAGGCUUUGGCGGCUGUUGGGCAAUGCAGACUGAUGAGUCUCUGGGAUAGUCUGUUCGCGCAUUUGCGACAACCCGUGGCUCAGAUUUUAUUAACAAGGAAUGACAUUGCGGACACAACGCAAUAUCGUAACGCACAAAAUACGCUUACGGAGCUUCUGAACAUGGGAGUGGUUCCGAUCGUGAAUGAAAAUGAUACUUUGGCUGUUUCGGAAAUCAAAUUCGGAGACAACGAUACCUUAUCUGCCAUCACCGCUGGUAUGGUUGGAGCAGACUACCUGUUCCUAAUGACCGAUGUCGAUGGCUUAUACACAUCUAAUCCCCGCACCAACCCAGACGCACAGGUUAUCGAAGUGGUAUCUGACAUCUCCACUCUCACAGCCGACGUAUCUUCCGCAGGCUCCUCAUUGGGAACCGGCGGGAUGAGUACGAAAAUAGUUGCAGCACGCCUAGCGACAAGUGCUGGUGUUACAACUAUAAUAACUCGUAGUUCCCUCCCAGGCAAUAUCCUCGAGAUCAUCAGAUAUCUACAAGAUAAAUCACAGAACUCGUCAUCAGAAACACCCGCUCUGGAUGAGAAGUCCGCCUCUCCUCCAAGAUCAACACCCCCAUCCCCAUCCUCAGCAAAAUCAUCACUGCCAGCACACACCUGCUUCCUACCCUCAACCACCCCAAUUCACUCCCGCUCCUUCUGGAUCUUGCACGGCCUCGCCCCUCACGGCACAGUCUACAUCGACGCAGGUGCCUACUCUGCCACCCUAAACAAAGCUAGCCUACUCCCCGCAGGCGUUGUGGGCGUUGAGGGUCACUUCGGCCAGCAAGAAGCCGUGAGACUUGUUGUCGUCGAGCGCCGCUCAGCCUCUGCCGCCGCCCUCAACGGCGAUUUCCCUCUCCGGGGUGCGUCGCCCCGGGAAGUCGGGCGGGCGCUGGUGAAUUACGGUAGCAAUGAAAUUGCGCGCAUUAAGGGCCUGCGGAGCACGCAGAUCCUAUCUGUGCUGGGAUAUGCAGAUAGCGAAUAUGUGGCGCUGAGGGAGAAUAUUGCAUUCUUUGGGGCGACGGAAAGAACGAGUCGUUCUGCAACUCCAGUGUUGGAUGAUGAGUUUCGGGUUCGUAGUGGGAUACCGUCGCGGGAGGCUUGAUUUGAGAUAUCUUUCUUGGGCCUCGAGUUGGAUCUGUUGAGUGAUUUCGAUACUUUUCUCCUCCCUGGUGCUUUCAGGAUGCAUUGCCCCAAGAAAAUGGGAGCUGAGCUCGGAAGGUAAAGGUUCAAGCACAUAUUUUGACGCGAAUAGUAUAAAAAUGGCGGCGUUCUUCAUGGUUUACUACUGUCGAUGUUAUAUAUAUCCCCUUAUCUAUCUCACUAUAUAAAAUCACAAAGAAAUAGUUUGUUUGAAUCGGUAUAAUCAAGCUGGGUUAACAUAUAUUCGCUCGCAGGUGUCCAAUAAACUACAAUCACCCGAUUGCAAAGACACGGUUCUUUUGAGAAGGAAGGGAUAGAAAGAGUUGUUAACAAUACGGAAAUGAACAAUAUGUAAAACGUUGACGGUUGUCGCUCGCUACUUGAUAUAAUACAAAGUGAAUACAGCCAU